GGUUGCGUGCAGGUGCAGCUGCCGCCUCUCGCCGAUGAACUCGCGCCGCACCGCCACCUGCCUGUCGCGGCUUGGCGCGGCCAUUUCUCCAGUCAAGAUGAGUUUGAUAUCUCAGAAUCCCCUUCAGAAGCGCCGUCUGGAGAGAAGUGAAGCUGAUGAUGAUAGUGAUGAGGGAUUGGGCUCUCCCGUUGCUGUGGGAGAUGAGGAUGGGAAUGAAACCAAGUCAGAGAAGAAUCGCAAAAAGGAGAAGAAGAGAAAGAAGGCCAAGGCGCCGGAGGCGAAGGAGAAUAAGGAGAGGGAGGAGAUGAAGAAGCUGGAGAGCUCCUUGUUUGGUGCCCUCUAUGCACUGCCGCAGUUUGGCACUGAGGUUGAGGCUGCGGACCCUGACAGGGAUGCACCUUCAUUCUUCGUGGAUAGGUCUGCUGGUGAUGGUGAGGAUGAUUUGCCUGCGUAUGAGGAGGGCUUGUCCAGUGAAGACGAGGGGGAUAACAUGGUUGGCAGGGAGAGGAGGCCCGCAUGGGUGGAUGAGGAGGAGAUGACUGAGGUGGACAUUUCGAAGGUUGCAAGGCUGAGGAAGUUGAGAAAGGAGGUUGAUGAGCGUGUGAUCUCAGGCAGAGAAUAUGAGGCCAGGUUGCGAGGUCAACACGCCAAGUUGAACCCCUUCACUGGUUGGGCUGAUAUGAACCGUAAAGCUCAUUUUCCUGGGUUCUCAGACAAUGAAUCUGAUGAAGAGGGUGGAGUUGAUGAUAUUCUUCGAAAUAAUGAUGAGCUUGUUGUCAAGGAUAAUGCGAAGCUCUUACCUGGCAUGCUUGGUUUCUCUAGACUUAUAGAUGCAAAUGCCCAGGAGCCAUCCAAUGGCCCUAUCAAUUCAGUGCAGUUUCACAGGAAUGGGCAGCUUAUGCUUGUUGCUGGUUUGGACAAGCAUCUGAGAUUUUUCCAGAUUGAUGGGAAGAGAAACCCCAAGAUCCAGAGCAUGUUUAUUGAGGACUGCCCUGUUCACAAGGCUGCAUUUCUGCCUGAUGGUUCUGAGGUUAUCCUUUCAGGCAGGAGGAAGUUCUUCUACUCAUUUGAUCUGGUGAAUGCUACUGUUAGUAAGAUUGGACCCUUAACAGGACGCGAGGAGAAAAGCUUAGAACAUUUUGAGAUAUCUCCUGAUUCGAAGACCAUUGCAUUCAUUGGUAACGAGGGGUACAUUCUUUUGAUUUCUUCCAAAACAAAGCAGCUAAUAGGAACCCUCAAGAUGAAUGGAAAUGUGCGUUCGUUGGCUUUUGCUGAUGGUGGGAACCAACUACUGAGCAGUGGUGGGGAUGGCCAUGUUUACCACUGGGAUCUUAGAACGAGGAAGUGUAUCCACAAGGGUACUGAUGAGGGUUCCUUGGCAGGCAUUUCGCUUUGCACUUCACACAACAGCUCUCUGUUUGCCACCGGCUCCACCAGCGGCAUCGUCAACGUGUACAAGAGGGAUGAUUUCCUUGGCGGGAAGAGGAAGCCGCUGAAGACGAUCGAGAACCUCACGACCGAGAUCGGUGAAAUGAAGUUCAACCAUGAUGCCCAGGUUCUGGCAAUAAGCUCAAGAAAGGAGAGGAACGGGAUGAGGCUUGUUCAUGUCCCAUCCCUUACUGUGUUCCAGAACUGGCCAGGCCCUCGAUUCAGCCUUCACUACCCGCGUUGCUUGGACUUCAGCCCAGGCAGCGGGUUUCUGUCUGUCGGACACGCUGGGGGAAAAGUUUUGCUGUAUAAGCUGCACCACUACCAACAUGCCUAAACCUGAAUGUCACUCUUCCUCCUAUGGCCUGGAAAAAUCAACUUUCAACACUGUAUUUCAAUUUUGAAAGAUAUCGAUGGUAUUUGUAGCCUAGCUCUUCUGAAUUCUUCUUCUUUUUCAUUCCUUGGGGUGUUGUAAUCCCUUACUCUGGUGCUUAAUGCGAAGCUAGCAAUUUACUCAUGUUUUUGC